GCCCCAAAAUUCAGGUUCAGACGAAGCUCUCAACUCUCAAGCUUAGGGAUAAAUGGAGACCUUCCUGUUCACAUCUGAAUCUGUGAACGAGGGGCACCCUGACAAGCUCUGUGAUCAGAUUUCUGAUGCGGUCCUUGAUGCAUGCCUUGAACAAGACCCUGACAGCAAGGUUGCUUGUGAGACUUGCACCAAGACCAACAUGGUCAUGGUUUUUGGUGAGAUCACAACCAAGGCCAAAGUAGACUAUGAGAAGAUUGUGCGUGAUACAUGUCGCAGAAUUGGAUUUGUUUCAGAUGAUGUGGGACUUGAUGCUGACAACUGCAAAGUCUUAGUUUUUAUUGAGCAGCAGAGUCCUGAUAUUGCUCAGGGUGUCCAUGGUCAUCUCACAAAGCGCCCUGAGGAGAUUGGUGCAGGUGAUCAGGGUCACAUGUUUGGAUAUGCCACAGAUGAGACACCUGAGUUUAUGCCUCUUAGUCAUGUCCUUGCAACCAAGCUUGGUGCUCGCCUCACUGAAGUCCGCAAGAACGGGACUUGUCCUUGGUUGAGACCUGAUGGCAAAACCCAAGUCACUGUUGAGUAUUACAAUGAAAAUGGUGCUAUGGUUCCUGUUCGUGUCCACACUGUUCUCAUUUCCACACAGCAUGAUGAAACUGUUACUAAUGAUGAAAUUGCUGCUGACUUAAAAGAGUAUGUUAUCAAGCCAGUCAUCCCUGACAAGUACCUUGAUGAGAAGACGAUCUUCCAUCUCAAUCCAUCAGGGCGUUUUGUGAUUGGUGGACCUCAUGGUGAUGCUGGUCUCACUGGCCGCAAAAUCAUUAUUGACACUUAUGGGGGUUGGGGAGCCCAUGGUGGUGGUGCCUUCUCCGGAAAGGACCCUACUAAGGUAGACAGGAGUGGCGCUUACAUUGUUAGGCAGGCUGCCAAGAGCAUUGUUGCUAAUGGACUUGCUCGUAGAUGCCUUGUCCAGGUCUCAUAUGCAAUAGGCGUGCCUGAACCAUUGUCUGUUUUUGUUGACACAUAUAAAACUGGAAAGAUCCCAGACAAGGAAAUUCUAAAGAUUGUGAAGGAGAACUUUGAUUUCAGGCCUGGAAUGAUAGCCAUUAACCUUGACCUCAAGAGAGGUGGCAAUGGCAGAUUCUUGAAAACUGCUGCAUAUGGUCACUUUGGAAGGGAUGACCCUGACUUUACAUGGGAGGUGGUGAAGCCCCUCAAGUGGGAGAAACCCCAAGAGUAAAAUCAUCCGAACUUGUUUGCAUCAAUAAGUACCUUGUUAUUCCAAGCUACCGUCUGAGUCUGAUCACAAGAGUAAAGAGUGUGGCAAAAUUGUUGGCUGGUUACUUAUUUUUUUGCAUGUAUUGGAUUGGUUUUUGCUACAUAUAUAUGAAAAGAUAAAAGCAGUCAUGAAUCUUACAAUUGAUGAAAAAGCUUUGUGGAGAGGGGUUAGUCUUUAUCUUUAUGUAUGAAAUUUGGUCGAAGGACGAGAAUACGGCCACAAGAGAUUAGCUUCAGGAAGCAGCAUUUAGUUAGCUGACACCGAAUGAAUGAUUUCAUGAUUGCCCUUUUUCUUGUAAAAUACUUGAUAGUCUCACCAAUGGUUACAAACCGACUGCUGUUGGGUGUAAUAUGUUGAAAAAGUUUGCAAAAAUAGUAAGAAUGAUUUUAUAGGUGGUGUACUCACCCCUUUCCUCUUAACACCUAUCAUUGUGUAUGGUUUUAUCUCAUCUUGUAUAGGAGGGAUCAAACUUACGAUUAAAAUACCGUGAUGCCU